CAUGCUCAAAAUGUGAAGGCGCUGAAAGAGAAAAUUGAAUUGGAGAAGGGGAAAGAUGCUUUUCCAGUGGCUGGUCAAAAACUAAUUUAUGCAGGAAAAAUCCUUAAUGAUGAUACUGCUCUUAAAGAAUACAAAAUUGAUGAGAAGAACUUUGUAGUGGUUAUGGUGACAAAGCCCAAAGCAGCAGCUGCUCCAGCACAAUCGCCAGCUACAACUCAGCAAUCAAAUGCCACCACCACCACCACCACCACCACCACUACAGUUAGUUCUACUACAACAGCUACUGCAGCUCCCACACCAGCUCCAGCUCCUGCCCCAGUUCCUGCUCCUGCCCCCACCCCCACCCCUGCCCCUGCCACUCCAGCACCAGCUGCAGUUGCAUGCGAAUCUGCACCUGUAAGUGCCCCAAAAGAAGAGAAACCAGCAGAGAAACCACCUGAGGCACCAGCUGCUAUCAGCCCUACAUCAACAGACAGUACAAUAGGUGAUACUUCUCGAUCAAAUCUUUUUGAGGAUGCUACAAGUGCACUUGUGACAGGUCAGUCCUAUGAGAAUAUGGUGACUGAGAUCAUGUCAAUGGGCUACGAACGAGAGCAAGUAAUUGCUGCACUGAGAGCCAGCUUCAACAAUCCUGACAGAGCAGUGGAGUACCUUUUAAUGGGUAUCCCUGGAGAUAAUCAAGCUGUGGCUGAUCCUCCUCAAGCAGCAGGCACUGGUGCUUCUCAGUCUUCGGCAGUGGCAGCAGCAGCAACAACUACGACUACUAGCUCUUCAGGAGGACAUCCACUUGAAUUUUUACGAAAUCAGCCUCAAUUCCAGCAAAUGAGACAAAUUAUUCAGCAGAAUCCUUCUCUGCUGCCAGCAUUGCUACAACAGAUAGGACGGGAAAACCCUCAGCUACUACAGCAAAUCAGCCAACAUCAGGAGCAUUUUAUUCAGAUGUUAAAUGAGCCAGUCCAAGAGUCUGGUCAAGGAGGAGGUGGUGGCGGUGGGGGCACUGGAGGAGUAGCAGAAGCUGGAAGUGGUCAUAUGAACUACAUUCAAGUAACACCUCAGGAAAAAGAAGCUAUAGAGCGGUUAAAGGCAUUAGGAUUCCCUGAAGGACUUGUGAUACAGGCAUAUUUUGCUUGUGAGAAGAACGAAAACUUGGCUGCCAACUUCCUUCUACAACAGAACUUUGAUGAAGAUUGAAAGGGAGAGACUUUUUUAUCUCACACUUCACACCAGUGCAUUACACUAACUUUGUUCACUGGAUUGUCUGGGAUACUUGGGCUCAUAUCCACAGUACUAGGUGUAUGGUAUGGGGGGAGGGAGAAGAAAAUAUAGGAAACAAAGCAAGGAUAAAUAAAAGCAUGUCUGCUUUAACGUAGCAGAUGCAGCAAAUCACACAGUGUAAAAUAUUAUACAACCAAAAAUCAGCUUCUGCAGGUAUUUAGUUCCUUCUAUAAACUGUAGGUUAACUUUUUUCUAGGUUUUCACUCUUACUGUACUAGUUCCAGAAAUUUAGUGUAAUGCCCUGCUUCAUGUUUCUUUUUACUUAACAUUGGUAUUGGAAAUAGCCUUUGCUACCUAGAAUCUACAAUCUGUAUUUCAUGGCAACACUGGAUAAUGGCUUUGUGAAAUCUAAAAGAUUUGAGCACCUGUAAACAUAAAUGCCAAAAUAUAGGUGGUUAUUUUGCUGCUUCAGAUGUAUUAAACUAGUGCAAGAAGCCCAUUAUUUCAUGUUUAAUGCUGGAUUUUAAGAAAAUAUCAGUUCCUUCAAAUGAGAACCCAUUAUUGUUAUGUUGAAAUUUCUUGAUCAUUGAAUGAGAAGACCCCUUUUAACAUGAUUUAAGAAACUGUAUACAUACAGGCAGACUUAUUUUCCUGUUUACAUCUUUUCAUUUGGGGAAAAAUGAUAGCUAUCUAAUUACUGUUUACUUCAAUGUUAUGUUGCAGUAAAGGUUUUAAAAACAAUCAUUGCAUGUUUGGUUUUGAUGUAUCCCUCUUUGUGAACUGAGCACUCUUUUUGCCAGCGCAGAAAAUGUAAACUUGACUUCUUUCCAUCCCAGUGAAACUUUAUUUAUUAAGCCAGAUUUCACCCUUCUGCCUUUUUUUGUUCAAAUUUGAUCCAACAAAUACAGCUGGAAAUAUAUCUCAAAA